AUGGGGAAAUUACGAUUAGCUUCCUCCUGUCUCCUUUCCUGUCUCUUUCUCUUGUUCUUGAGUUCAGUUUCAGCAACCACAGAUGAUCUUCAAGAUAAACAGGUGUAUAUUGUCUACAUGGGUUCACUUCCUUCACGAGCGGACUACACACCAAUGUCCAAUCACAUUAGUAUUCUUCAAGAGAUCACUGGAGAAAGUUCGAUCGAAGGUCGUUUGGUGAGAAGUUACAAGAGGAGUUUCAACGGUUUUGCUGCCCGGCUCACUGAGUCAGAACGAGAACGAGUAGCCGAAAUGGAGGGAGUCGUGUCUGUGUUCCCAAACAAGAAUUUCCAACUCCAAACGACGACGUCUUGGAACUUCAUGGGUUUAAAGGAAGGAAAGAGGACCAAGAGGAACCCAACCGUGGAGAGUGAUAUCAUUAUCGGAGUCAUCGACAGUGGGAUCACGCCGGAAUCUCAGAGCUUUUCCGACACUGGCUUUGGUCCUCCUCCGAAGACAUGGAAAGGUGUUUGCUCCGGCGGCCAAAACUUCACAUGCAACAACAAGUUGAUUGGGGCACGAGACUACACAAGCGAAGGUACUAGGGACACUCAAGGCCACGGUACACACACGGCGUCAACAGCAGCUGGAAACGCAGUCGCGGACACAAGCUUCUUUGGAAUCGGCAAUGGAACUGUAAGAGGAGGCGUUCCGGCAUCUAGAAUCGCCGCUUACAAAGUCUGCACCGAGUCAGGGUGUACUUCGGAUGCUCUACUGUCUGCGUUCGAUGACGCGGUUGCUGACGGUGUAGACCUUAUCACUAUCUCUAUCGGAGGUAAAACCGCGCAAAUGUUUCAACACGACCCUAUCGCGAUCGGUGCUUUUCACGCUAUGGCCAAAGGGAUUCUCACUGUUGUUUCGGCUGGUAAUAGCGGUCCGAUAGAUAGCUCAGUCUCGGCUGUAGCGCCAUGGGUAUUAACCGUUGCAGCCAGUACCACGAACCGUGGUUUUUUCACCAAAGUUGUUCUUGGAAACAACAAGACACUUGUCGGGAAGUCAGUGAAUGCUUUCGAUUUGAAGGGAAAGAUGUACCCUCUAGUUUACGGAAAAUCUGCUGCUUCGUCUGUUUGCGAUGCCGAAACGGCAGGGCUUUGCGAGCCAGAGUGUCUAGAUAAAUCUCGUGUGAAGGGAAAGAUCUUAGUGUGUGGUAGUCCGAAAAUUUUAAAAAUAGCUAAUUCAACUGGAGCUAUUGCAAUCAUUUUUCAAAACCCUAAACCAGACGUAGCCUUCAUUCACCCUGCACCUGCCUCUGGUUUAUCUGAAAAAGACUUUGAAUCUCUAGUCUCUUACAUUGAGUCCGCAGAUUCUCCACAAGCAGCUGUUCUAAAAACUGAAUCAAUUUUCAAUCAGACAUCUCCUGUUAUUGGUUCCUUCUCUUCUCGCGGUCCGAACACCAUCGCUGUUGAUAUUCUUAAGCCGGAUGUAACUGCACCAGGGGUGGAGAUUCUCGCUGCAUAUUCACCUUUGGGUUCACCGUCUGUAAAUGACCCUAGACAUGUGAACUACUCUGUUCUCUCAGGAACUUCCAUGUCUUGUCCGCACGCUGCAGGAGUCGCUGCGUAUGUCAAAACGUUUUACCCUAAAUGGUCUCCUUCCAUGAUUCAAUCCGCCAUCAUGACAACCGCUUGGCCGGUAAAUGCUACUGGAACUGGCAUCGCAUCGACCGAGUUUGCGUAUGGAUCUGGACAUGUCGACCCAAUAGCCGCUCUAAAUCCUGGACUUGUCUAUGAACUGAACAAAACAGACCACAUAGCCUUCCUCUGCGGCAUGAACUUCACUUCUUCUUCUCUUCAGGUCAUUUCCGGUGAAAAAGUCACGUGCUCCAACGCAAACAAAAUCUUACCAAGAAACCUCAACUAUCCUUCGAUGUCGGCUCAAUUGUCGCCAACAAAUAGCAGCUCCUUCACCGUCACUUUCAACAGAACCGUCACCAAUGUAGGCACACCAAACUCUACAUACAAGUCCAAGGUAGUCGAGGGUCACGGAACUAAGCUCAGCGUCAAUGUCACGCCUAGUGUUCUGUCUUUUGAGACCGUGAACGAGAAGAAAUCUUUCACGGUGACUGUUACAGCCAGCGAGCUCGACUUAAACUUGCCUUCGUCAGUGAAUCUAAUCUGGUCUGACGGUACUCAUAACGUGAGAAGUCCCAUUGUUGUCUGGCCUAAAUGA